UUUUACUAUCUGACGACCAGUUUCAUGGAAAAAACAUUGAUGUCGUUAAGCAGAUCUUACUUAAUAAUUGUUUUCCGACACACAUUGUAAAUCGUUAUAUUUGUAAGAGACUGAAUUUUUUGAAACACUGGAGCAGUAGCAUUCUAGGUGAUGGGGAAAUUGAUACAGACAAACCCUCCUACAUCGCACUACCGUUUGUCGAAGGCUUGAGUGACGAUGUUGGUCGGUUGCUUAAAAAUAUGGGACUGACAGUGGUUUACAAUAUACCUAAAAAAUUAAAUUCACUGAUUAAACGCGGCAAGGAUAGUUUGCCUAUUAGCAAUAGAACGGAGGUUGUUUACAAAAUAAAUUGUAAGAAUUGUAGCGCUUCGUAUAUUGGCCAGACAAAAAGACACUUAAGCACCCGAGUCAAGGAACAUUGUAAUAAUAUAAAAAUGCACGAAAGUAAUUUAUCCGUAAUUAGCAAACACAAAUUAAAAUUUGAUCAUGACUUCGAUUGGUCAGCGCCUGAUAUUCUACAUAACGAAAAACAUGUAAGAAAGAGAGAAAUAGCUGAAAUGUUUUUUAUUAAAAAAUUUGACAUUAAUUCCCAAAAAGAUACAGAGAAUUUAAACAACAUAUACGAUAAAUUAAUAAAGGUCGUUUAGUUGAUCUCAGUAUUCCAAACAUAGUGGUUGACACAAUGUCAGUUUGACAUUUCGAUUUUUCUCUUUCUACUUUUUAAUUAUAACUUUCACUUGAUAAGGACCAAAACCAUAUGGUCGAAACGUCGUGAUAUAAUAAUCAAACAAUAAAUUGCCAGUUUGGUCGUAUAAACACUUGUUUAUUAAUUUAUUUACUGGCGACAUUUUUAAAAUUAAACAUAAUAUUACUCAGAGAGUAUCAAGAUGACUUUCGACAUUUUGAAGGCACAACUCGGAGAACAAGUUUUUAUUAGAAAGUUUUAGAAAAAAACAUUCAAACAAGUUUAGUAACAGCAAAAAGAUGUGAACGAGCACAUUUAAAUAACAAAACUAUGAUUAAAAAUGUAAAAUCUAGAAAAAAAAGUCACUUGCAAUCUGUCGAGAUAUAAUAAUCCUAAUAAAAUUUUUUUUGCUGGAUUCUAGUGGUGCAUUUAAACCAGGUUUUCUUUAUGGAAAUAAUUACUGGCUGGGAAGUCGUAGUCAAUGUCUCGAUACGAUGAAUACAGCUCUUUUAGAGGACGCAGAGCGGCAUACAUUAAAUAAUACGAUAUAUCAUGACCUACAAAAAAAGUUUCCGCCUUUCGAGGUAAAUUACUUUGUCGCUCAUUUCAAACACAACAGUACUCUUCAAUACCACAUAAAAUUCUAUACCAUUGAGGAUAUAAUUACGCUCGGUCUCUGUUUACCAGCAUCGUGUUCUAUAAAUGAUCUAAGUUUAAUUCUGAAAAAAAUAUUUCGCGACAGAAUUUUUUCUAUCAGUGACCUUUAUUCUAUGGACUUCAAAUUGAUCGAAGUUAAAAAUCUGAAAGAUGAAUCAAAAUGGUUACUUUAUGAUUCGAUAUUUUUCAUCUGUAUUUUAGCGCUUACUUUUUUCAUAAUGAUAAUCGGAACAAUAUACGAUAUAUUUGUGUAUCAAAAAAGAAGAAAAUAUUUAGUUGUAAAGGAUAAAACUAUAGCUAAUGUGAUAGAUAUACCCAAGGAAAUGGAAAUAACAUCUUCGUCCAUAUAUCAAGAAAGCAAAAUUGGACAAAUACUAAUGUGUUUUUCUAUAUACACAAAUACAAAAAUAAUAUUCAACACAAAAUUAGAUGCUGACGCAAUACCUGCUAUUCACGGAUUAAAAUUUUUAAGUAUAAUUUGGAUAGUUUUUGAUCAUACCGUAUACUUCAUGUUAGAUUGUAUCGAUAAUAAAGCAUUAUCAAUGAGAUUCACCUUUGAUUUUCUCAUUCAAAUAUUAACUAAUAUAAUCAUACCAGUAGACACUUACUUUUUUUUAAGCGGAUUUUUAGUAGCCUAUUUAUAUUUGAAGGAUAAAAUAGGCAAAAAAAAUUCUACGUCAAUUGAAUACAAAAAAAAACUAAAUGAAUUUUUUAUUCAUAUAAUAAAAAGAUUUAUUCGGUUGACACCUGCAUACAUGAUGAUGAUAGGAAUAGUACAAUUAAAUUCAGCUUGGUAUGACAUGAAUUCACAAUUUUACCUAACACAUAGAAUGUAUGAAACUUGCACAAAAUAUUCAUGGAGAAAUCUUUUAUAUAUAAAUAAUCUGUUUGAUUUAGAUUCGAUGUGUAUGGUUUGGAGUUGGUAUGUAGCCAAUGACAUGCAAUAUUUUAUAAUUGCUACUGCGCUAUUGAUUUUAUCAACUGUGUAUUUUUACAUAGCUGCUGGCAUAUUGGCUGCACUUUUAAUAAGCUCAAUUGUACUUACCGGUUAUAUUUCAUAUAUUUACGAAUUUGUUCCGACAUUAUAUGAACAACAAAGACUUCUAAAUGUCUUGUAUUACCCUCCUUGGAUCAGAAUAGGACCAUAUAUUAUUGGCAUAAUUACAGGUUACAUUAUAAGAAGACUAAAUAAAAAAUUGGUUUUAAGAAAAGGAAUUGUAAUUUUAUGUUGGUGUUUUAGCAGCGCGUGUUUUAUUUUUGUAUGCUUUUCUUCGUUAAUCUUUUAUAAACAAAAUGUAUCUAUUCUGUAUGCUGCUAUCUAUGUUGCAUUAAGUAGAACAAUUUGGGCCACAGGUAUAGCAUGGAUUGUAAUAGCUUGUUUUACUGAGUAUGGUGGUAUUGUUAAUCAGUUAUUAUCAUUAAAAGUCUUGAUCCCUUUCAGCAAACUUACUUAUUGUGUUUAUCUUAUACAUCCUUUUGUCAUACAGUUGAAUCACUUGACUAGUGAAACAUCCAUUCAUUUGGAAUCACUGCCUGUGGUUGUUAUGUUUAUUGGAUACUUUGUGAUUAGUUACAUUUGCGCUUACGUAUUAUCUUUAAUGGCAGAAGUACCAUACAUCUUAUUAGUACGAAUGUUCUAUCAACCUCACAAUAACAUCAGAAAUUAUACACACCGCAAAAUGUCAUAAUAUUACAUAUCAUAAUCAAAAUAUUGUAAUAUUAAAAUACUAAUUUUAAUAUUAAAAUAUUAAUGUAAAUACAAUGUUUUCUCGUUUCAAAAUUCGUUGAAAAAUGCUUUCUUCAAGGGACAUUAAGGGAUCGUUUUGCUCCACGUGUAGUACACAGUCAAACAGAUCAUAUAUGUGAUUCACCUAGUUAAAAGUAUUUUAGAUCAUCGGAUUUCAAUUACGCUUAAAACAAUCAAAUUUUUAAUAGAUUUAAUCGAUAAUUUAAAUUCCUAUUAAUUAUGAAAAUGUCAUUACUCUUGUUUUACUUGUUCUAUUCGUGCUUUAAAUGAAGAUAUCACAAAAUAUUUUUGUUUGUAUUAAAACUUAUGAAUGAAAUCAUAAAAUAAAUUUUAUCAAUUAUGUAAAGUAUU